AUGGCGAACAUAGUUGGAUUCAUUUUCCUUUGUGGACUUCUCCUUGUCAGGGCCGCACAGCCGAUGGAAGAAGAUGUCCUUCAGAAACUUCAGGGUAUCAGUCAACUACGAUCUUUAGGACUUGCGUUUGCUGAAUUCUUCAAGGAUGUAACACUCGAUGACUUAGACAUUCGGAUGCCCAGACUGCCCACUGAAGCGGACCUGCUCUGUUACAACGAUAUGACUCAGUUCAUGACGGCACUUAAAUCUGGAGAACUUUGGGCUCUAAAUAUGAUCGAUGCUUGGGGCUCCAUUCCCUCGGGACUCCUGACGGGCAACGCAUACGAUCUGGGAAACUUCGACGAGUGUUUGAAUAUUAAAAAGGGUAUCAGUGAAACCACAGUUAUUCGUGGCAAAUACUGUUUCCUUAGAGUUUCGCUCGGUGAAUUUUUGGGAGUCAAUAAUCCCAAACUGGCAGCUUUGAGCUUCAAUACUGCAACCUGUUUUCCCGCCUCCUGUUCGGCGGCUCACAUGAACGCGUUCAUGGGACAGCUGAUGAAUCAGUUGGUGAACUCAAGUAUAAAUGGCAUGAGUAUCAGUGAUAGUAGUUGCCAAACGAGUGAAAGGGAACCCUGGAGCGGACUCAUGAUCUUUACAGUGGUGAUCUUAUCCUUGAUGGGCUCGGCUGUAGGGCUCUUCACAUUGUUCGAUUACCUCUUCUGUACAAAUCAAACUGAAGUACCUGUAAUAGUGAAGAUUUUUUCCGCACGAGCCAACUCCAGAGCUCUCUUCCGCAUUGUGCAGAAUAAGUCCAAUCCGAAUGUAAUUGAAUGCCUCCAUGGAAUUCGGUGUAUGUCCCUCUUCUGGGUGAUUAUUAGCCAUCAGUACGGAGCCAACAUGAUCUCUGCCUGUAUUAAUAUUUUGAAAAUGAUGACGUGGCUGAAGCUUCCAUACUCUAGUAUCAUUGUGCACGGAGGAUUUGCGGUGGAUUCCUUUCUCUUCCUUGGCGGAUUGUUGGUAGCUUUGGUGGCCCUUCGCUCAAUGGAUAGGACGCACGGAAAGAUUAAUGUGCUUCUAAUGUAUUUGCACCGUUUGAUUCGCAUUUUCCCUAUUUUGGCCAUAGCCAUUUUGGUCUAUACUAAUCUCAUGACUGAAUUGGCAGAUGGGCCACUCUUACAGAGCGGAUACACGGGAAAAUCAGAUUGUGAAACUGGUUGGUAUUGGACUUUGCUCUUCGUGAAUAACUAUACAAAGGCAAAGUGCCUUUCCCAUUCAUGGUACCUAUCAGUGGACAUGCAGCUGUUCAUCAUCUCUCCGAUCCUGCUGAUAUCUCUCUACAAAUGGGGCAAGAAGGCUGCUGCUGCAAUAUUUAUCCUUACAGUUCUUCUGAUUGGCUGUCUCUUUGCCACGAUGAUGGUCAACAACUACACCGUGCAGAUUAUGAAUGAAGGUAAAGAUGGGACUCAGGAGCUGUACUAUGCCACUCAUACACACGCCACCCCUUGGCUGAUAGGAUUCCUUUUCGGCUACUUCCUGCACUUGAAUAGGGGAAAACAAUUUCAACUGAGUUGGGUUGUCGUUUGGGCCGGAUGGGGUCUCUGCCUGGCCAUGAUCUUUACCUCAAUAUUUGCUCUAUAUCCGUCGACUCAGUCAGGUGCCCCACCCUUGUCAACCCUGGCAGAGUCCUUCUAUUACACCCUCACCCGAGUGGGUUGGCCUUUAGCCCUCUGCUGGGUGGUCUUCGCCUGCAUGCAAGGAUACGGGGGACUGGCCAAUAGCUUCCUCUCCUCGCCGCUGUGGCAACCGUUGUCAAAGCUCUCGUAUUCGGCUUUCAUCUGGCACUUGUUCAUCAUGGAGAUAAACGAAAGGAGUGUCAGGACCAAUACCUUCUUCUCCGACUAUCAAGUGAUGCUGAAAUUCUGGUCCACUCUCGGCUUCACCCUCUUACUCUCUUACUUGAUGUACUUGCUCGUAGAGGCACCAUUUGGAGGUCUGGACAAUUUCCUACAAUCUCAGAAAAAGCCUACUAAUGAUAAAACAUUAAAUCGGGUUUCGGAUCAGACUCAGCUGAACAAAAACAAUAAUGAAAGUGCAAGUGAUCCAAGAGCGACAGAGGCACGUGCUCAAAUACUUGCUGAUUAGGGAUAAAUAUAAGUUAUUAUAUUUUAUUAAAACAUUCCUUUCUUUCAUUGAAUUGUAUAAAUAGAACAUGUUUUUUGUCAAA